CUAGGAAGAGGCCGCAUGGCUGACCAAUCCACCUCUGACCUGAAAUAUGGUCAUUUUGGUCAAAUCAUCUACAAUCCCGACGACCAGGCCUGGUCGUUUCCCAGGAAUCUCGAGUCUUCGUUCACAUUACAGCCUCUCGGCACACCACAGCUUGUCUUCAAGUCGCAACACUCUCAAUCGCGAUUAGAUGUAACUCCUACCGAGAAACCGAGCGUCCACCUAAAUCGCCAACUCGCUUCGCUGCUCCACUAUGAUCCAGCCAUUGCUCCGAGUACACAUCUCCUCGCACAACCUGCCCUUUUGUCGCAAGAGAUUCAAAAGACAGUCGCUCGUCAUGAUCCGACCGCUGGCCACUUGUUGGCUUUUGGCCGUGUGCCAGAUCACACCAUAAAGCGCUCUAUACCAAUCGUAGCAUUUCCUGCUCCCGAUCAUGCCCAAAUAUUGCGCCUUGUUCAGGUCCAGCCUCAGAAACACGGUUGGGAGCGAAACAAAUCUAUUUGGAUCGACGUUCCCCGAAUCUCUGGCGAAUCUGGAACCUGGCAUGCUCCUCAUCCUAUCCGCCAAAUCUGUUUUGCAGACGCCGACGAGGACUCCAAUCUGGCCCGGACGUUGGCAGUUCGCACCACCAUUGCUGUACAUAUUCUGCGCGUUGCUGCAAGGAAACACGCGUCGUCAUGGAACUCUCUCACUAGUACGCCAUCUCGUUUCCACACAGAUCAGUUGUGUACUCUAAAUCUGGACCUGUUUGGUGGUUUGGCGCCUGCCCAUGUGGCCUUCAACCACUGGUAUCCCAAGCAGUUUGCUACCGUCGACCAAUUCGGCUCCUGGCAUGUUUGGGAUUCGAGUCUAAAACAAGUCCCUUCUGAGCAUGGUAAGCCUAUCGAACUUUGUCGCGGAGCUACCAACGAUCAAGCUAUCCCAGACCAUGAAACUACUGCUAGUCUCUUAGACGACGGUUGGGGUAGAGCAAUAUGGGCUGGCAACGUACAGACCAUCAUUACUGCCAGUAGAAGAUGUUUGGGUAUCUAUGACAUUCAAGGAAAGCCUGUCAGACUGCAAUCUCCAGAUCUUGGAAUUGUCGGAACUCCGCACUGGAUCCUCGACAUCAUGCUUAACCCUCUGGAUCCAACCCUCAUAUUUGUUUUGACCUCGAUAUCUUUGUUCUGCCUACGCAUACGGUGUCUAGAUGAAUUCGACCCGGAGAGUUAUAGCACUGCUGGCGCUGAGAUUGUGCUGCAAUGCAGGCACUUCAGAGACUCCGAGGACAUGGGGCUUGGUUUGUCUAACUUCGUUGACGAGCUAGNAUGUUAUUGUAUUGAUAAAAUCUUCCUUAAGCUCGCUCGCAACGAGCCAUCGCUUCACUUCAUGAAAGUUGCUGAUGCUACUCAAUUCGUUUUGCCCGAGCUUCCUUCCACUGCAACUGCUUCGCCUGCGGCUUUGACUUUCCAGAUCCAGCCUGCGGAGUAUGGAGAGAGCGGACACCAUGAGAAACCAUCCGGUCCUGGGAAAAAUUAUCAAGACACGUCUGUGAGGUUCUUUGUUACGACCGCUAUCACCAGCGAUAUGACGAUUGUGCAGCAACUUUAUUACGCGUUACCCAGCACGGUGGCUGAGUCGUCACUAACUGAUGUCGUGCCUCCCGAUUGGCGUGGAAGACUUGCGCAUAGUGUUCCACGAUUGCAGGAGACUGGUUUCGUGGAACGAUCAAUGGUCAACCAAGGGCCAGCGAACACCCGAGAAGAGCAGGAUGAAACAGCGUCGUCUCUUGUCGACACACUGAAGUCAUCCCGCGACAACUGGACCAUGCUAUACGAGCUCGCUCAUGCUCAGGCUACCGGGGCAAAAUCGCAAGCGGAAGACUUCUCGCGCAUGAUCGUCCGAGUGGAGCAAGCCCUCAAGGUCUCUAGGACUGCUGAGAACGGCCAUACACUGUUGUCAGAGCUCUAUGAUGAUCAAGUCCUGGUGCCUGACAUAGAUCAAGCCGCUGCAGAAUUCAAGGAUAUGAUUUCUUCUAGAUCACAGCAUGAAGAAGAUCUGGAACAGGCUGACCAGAAUUUACAACUUGCGUGCAUUAGCAGCAACUUUGCCCUGAGUCUUGGUCUCGAGAGCAAUAUGGAUCUAACAACCGUCUACGACACCAUCGUAGCUCAUUGGCUGGCACCACUAUCUCAGACAGUGCCUGGAAGAGUGCGACUUGUCAAGGAACAGCUAGCGCGAAGAAUCGCCGCUGGUAUAUGUCUUGCAAGCCACGUUCUCAGGAUGCCACCAGUGAAGCCAGCUGAAGAAGAGACAGCAGCAGAGACGCAAGGUACAGAGGAUGCGUUCUCCUCACAAAUGUACUUCCCUCAAUCAUCCCUGCCGACACCGUCACCAACAGCCACACCUUCGUUGACUACAGCUACAUCGUUGUCCAGUCACCCAUCGACUUUAGUGUCCUCCGAGUUCGCACGUCUUCGACGUUACACCACGUUCUCGCCAGAAAAAUCCACACCAGCUCCUCUACCCAAAGGACUAACUAAUACGCUUGCGCACUGGACUCUUGGCGGUAGCCCAGAUGAGUACGAUUGGCUUGCCGUUCAGCGAGAGCAGGAGAAGAAGGCCGAGGAAGAGGAUGAAGACCUGACACCGAGGGAGCGAGCGAGAUUAAAGCGUCGUGCCGAGAGGUUACUUCUGAAGCAAAGGCGCGAAUCGCAANAAGCAUCCGCCAUGGACCUCGCAAAUAGCCAAGUCCCCGGCAUCGUAAGUGCGAGUCAGCCUGCAUUCGCGACACCUUCUAGAAGCGAAGCACCGAAUGUGCCUCAUUCUGCCAGGGCAGCAACUCAGGGCACCCAGUCGUUAGCGAGCUCCCAAGCUCAGCCGAACAUGUUUACUAGCCAAAUUCAGCCAGGGCGGUUUGGUGGGAAACCGGCAAAGAAGAAACGAAGGGUCGUUGGCUUCUAG